GGGAAGCAGCUGAUGGCCUCUCCGGGCGGCGGUGGCGGCGGCGGCGGCGGCGGCGGGCGCGGCAGCGGCGGGGCCGGGGCCGGGGCGGGCGGCGCGGGGGCGGCAUGAGGGCCCGCGGCUCGGGGGGCUGAGGCGCCGGCCGCCUGCCGCGGGGGCCGCGCAUGUCCUCCAUGGAGGCCGGAGAGGAGCCGCUGCUGCUGGCUGAACUCAAGCCCGGGCGCCCCCACCAAUUUGAUUGGAAGUCGAGCUGUGAAACCUGGAGCGUCGCCUUCUCCCCGGAUGGCUCCUGGUUCGCCUGGUCCCAAGGACACUGCAUUGUCAAGCUGAUCCCCUGGCCCCUGGAGGAGCACUUCAUCCCUAAAGGAUUUGAAGCCAAAAGCCGAAGUAGCAAAAAUGACCCAAAAGGACGAGGCAGCCCGAAGGAGAAGACGCUGGACUGUGGUCAGAUUGUCUGGGGUUUGGCCUUCAGCCCGUGGCCUUCCCCACCCAGUAGGAAGCUCUGGGCGCGCCACCAUCCCCCAGUGCCAGAUGUGUCUUGCCUGAUUCUUGCCACGGGACUCAACGAUGGGCAGAUCAAGAUUUGGGAGGUCCAGACAGGGCUCCUGCUUCUGAAUCUCUCAGGCCACCAGGACGUCGUGAGGGACCUGAGCUUCACUCCCAGCGGCAGUUUGAUCUUGGUCUCAGCAUCGCGGGAUAAGACUCUUCGCAUCUGGGACCUGAAUAAACACGGUAAACAGAUUCAGGUGCUAUCGGGCCACCUGCAGUGGGUUUACUGCUGUUCCAUCUCCCCAGACUGCAGCAUGCUGUGCUCCGCAGCUGGAGAGAAGUCGGUCUUUCUCUGGAGCAUGCGCUCCUACACCUUGAUCCGGAAGCUAGAAGGUCACCAAAGCAGUGUUGUCUCCUGUGACUUCUCCCCGGACUCGGCCCUGCUUGUCACGGCUUCUUACGACACCAAUGUGAUCAUGUGGGACCCGUACACCGGGGAGAGGCUGCGGUCACUCCACCACACCCAGCUCGACCCUGCCGUGGACGACAGUGACGUCCACAUGAGCUCCCUGCGAUCUGUGUGCUUCUCUCCGGAAGGGCUGUACCUCGCCACGGUGGCAGAUGACAGGCUCCUCAGGAUCUGGGCACUGGAGCUGAAGACUCCGAUCGCGUUUGCUCCCAUGACCAAUGGUCUCUGCUGCACCUUUUUCCCACAUGGUGGAGUUAUUGCCACAGGGACAAGAGACGGCCACGUCCAGUUCUGGACAGCUCCUAGAGUCCUCUCCUCACUGAAGCACUUGUGCCGGAAAGCCCUUCGAAGUUUCCUAACAACCUACCAAGUCCUAGCACUGCCAAUCCCUAAGAAAAUGAAAGAGUUCCUCACAUACAGGACUUUUUAAGCAACACUCCAUGUCUUGUUUCCUCUAAUGGCAUCCAUCUUCCCGGCAAAGAAGUAUCUGGAAUGACAGUCACAUGAGUGUCCUAGGAUUAGAGUAGAAUUGCUUAGGGCUUGGGCAAAGAAUGUAGCAGCAACGUUUGCAGCGAACCCAUCAUGAGCCUCUCUCUCCAUGGCGUGUCAGUCGUUAAAGAGGAAGACAUUUCAGCCCUAUGGCAACAGAGCCUUACCUUUAGUCUUUGGUCAUCUUAUGAACAGCUAGUUGUUUUGAUUCUAAGUGCGGUUACUGGUGGUGUUUUGAAGAUAGGUUGGUUCCUGAGCCUGCCCUCAGCGGUGGAGGGGUUCACACCGCUUGCCCGGGGAGGGCUGGCCUCCACCUGGGACCCAUCAGCCUGUGUUUGGAGGCAGUGGGAGCGUAGCUUCUGAUUCUCUUGUGGGUGUGGUCAGCAUUGCUAUGACAUUGGCCUUCCUGGGGCUCCCCUCUGACCUGCCCGAUGAGCUUGUCUUGGAGCUAUUUAGCUUAACUAAAUUCCUGGUGAAAUCGGAGAUCAGAGACAGCAUUCCAGACUCUCUCAGACACUAUGGCUUUUUUUUUUUUUUUUCUUUUUAAACAAUGGUAUGCAUGUGCAGGGGGUGACAAAUGUGUGUCAGAUUAUCCAAGGACAACAUAUCCCUGAACUGCAUGACUGUUUCGACAGCUCCUGAGGUGUCGGUUGGUCGCAUCCUAUUUAUUUGUCUUUUCCCAACAGAUGUUAAGGUACAACUGUGUUUUCCUCCAUGGUAUCUAAAAACCAGAAUACUUAACACA